AUGCCUACUCUUGGUCCAUCUUUGCUGUUCGCAGCAGGCUUGACCCUCGGUGUAGGCGCAGGUGUAUUUUAUCCUCGAAAGCCAUCAGCAGGAGGACCAGGAUCCAAUGUUCAACUUCCUCCUCCACCUCCCGAAGGAAAUAAUGCUAGAUCCACUCAAGCAUUGGUUCCUACGGCAAUGGGAAGUAUGGUCCUAUCUCAUGGAUUCCCGGGCCCUACACCGGAUAUCCUAAAAAGAACAGCAUACACUGCGGCUUAUGAUCGACGAUUAAAGCAUCCAGCAUGGACAGCAGAACACUUGACCGCUACCUCCCUAGCUCGUUCUCCACCUCCAUCAGCACCUAAUACUCAGCCAGUACCAUUGGAACAAGCCAGAAACGCUGAUACAUCAGGAAAUGGUAGUGGUAAAGUAGUGACCAAAGGUGAUAGAUCAAAGAGUACUUUUAUGGAAGACGAUGGUGUACCAGAGAUGUUCAGAGCAAAGUUACAGGAUUAUUUCAAGAGUGGUUACGAUAGAGGGCAUAUGGUACCGGCAGCAGAUGCUAAGAUAUCUCAACGUGCGAUGGACGAGACUUUCUACUUGAGUAAUAUCGCUCCUCAAGUCGGAGAUGGAUUCAACAGGCAUUACUGGGCAUAUCUCGAAGACUUUUGCAGGAGGCUGACUACCAAUUUCGAGGACGUAUAUGUUUUCACCGUUCCCCUAUACCUACCUGCGAAACAGGCUGAUGGCAAAUGGCGAGUGGAAUACGAAGUGAUAGGUACACCGCCUUCGAUAUCCGUCCCAACUCAUUUUGCCAAAGUGAUCCUUGCUUCUCGACCUGAUUUCUCAUAUCCGCAAAAAGUAUCAACAUCAUCCAAUCCAGCUCAUCCAUCAACUUCUCCGAAUACAACCAAAGAGCUCGCUCUGGGCGCUUUCGUCUUGCCCAACAAGGAAAUUCCAGAUAAUGUCGAUUUGAGAUCGUUCAUCGUCCCCGUCGAACACGUUGAAAAAGCUGCUGGAUUACAAUUAUUCAAUGAUGAAGUUAAAGUGAAGAGUAGACAGUUAUGCGCUGUCACUCAAUGCCAAGUGAUAGUGAGGCGAUUUGAUGAUGCCCGGAAGAGCAUAGGGAAGAAGUAG